CUCGAUGAUCGAGUCCUCCUCGACGAUCUCGCGAUAUAACACCACAACAAGCAUCGAAAGUAGCGCAAGAGAUCAGAAAUUAUUGUGGCCAUCGAUGUCCGCAGCCGUCUCCGCCGCCGAGGAGCAGGAAGAAACGAUCACCCACAACGACCACACCAUCAAAGUCGCCGCGAGCUGGCGCGUCGGCAUCGGCGGCAAGACCUGGUCCACCGGUGCUUUAGCUUGCAAGCACCUCGCCGCGCACGCGGACCGCUACGCGGCAUUAGCACCAAAGCGCCAACUGAGAAUCUUGGAGCUCGGCGCGGGCACGGGCGUCGCGGGCCUCUUCGCCGCGAAAUGCUUGGAGGCGCGCGUCGUGCUCACGGACGCGGAGGACCACCUCGAGCUUUUGCGAGACAACGUCAGGCGCAAUAAUUUGGGGGAGAGCGUCUCCGUCCAAUUGUUCGACUGGAAGGAUGAAACAAGUUGGGACCUCACGUCGGAGCCGGAUUUGAUUUUGUGCACGGACAACGCCUACCAUCCCUCUUUAUAUGAGCCGCUCGCGGCGGCGCUGGACAGGUGCCUAUCCAAGGGCGCCAAGGGCCUCUUCGGCGUUACAAAAACGGACACGUCCUUUUCCUUCUUCGAGCUCCUCACAGCUCAUGGCCUCGACUACCGCUUCGCCGAGGCGCCGGCCGACGACUACUACGCGCUCCUGGCCAUCUGUAAAGCGCCGGCGUUCGACGGCCGCCGCGACGCGUGGGAGAUGCGUUGA